AUGCUGUCCACCAAGGCGUCUCUGGGCCUCCUCUUUGGAGUGGCAUCUGCUCAGAUACCUAUUGUUACCCAAUUUCCCGUGACGACUCAAACUAGUUUCCCAGCACCCGCAUGCACGAGAGGUCCAUCUGCGACAGAACAGUUCACAGUGAACUACAACUUCGAAUCCGUCGAGCGCGGAUUUCCACUCUCAGGCAUCACGCCCAUCGGCGUCUACAACCUCCUCAACUUCAGCAACAUCAACUUCGUCGACACAGACCCGGACUUCGACGGAAACCACUUGGGACUCGCGCCGCACACCUACCCCUACGCCGCGACUUUCGGCGCUGGGACCUCAUCGCUCACGCAGCAGACGCCUUUGAUCACAGCCAACUACAUCGAAUCGACGUUGACGUCUUUCACCGCGAGAUCGUUCUGGUACGGUUGUGUCCUGCCGUCGCCGUAUACGGCUGGGUCUCUGCCUGUUUCUUGCGAUAUCACCGCAACGGGCUAUGACAAACAAGGCCAAAAACUGGUCUCGCAAAACUUCACUUUCAAAACCAAUGGCAGUGUGAUUCAAGACCAAAACUUUGGAACUUUCCGCGGAUUCAAUUCUAUCUACUCCCUGGGUUUCAGCGUCAACAACCCAAACACAGCCGCUGCGUUGAUUGACAAUUUCAUCGCUACCCUUGAGCAAAAGGCCUGCUCGCCAUACUAUACCGGCAGCUACAACAACGGGACAUAG